AUGAUCUGGCAUGACAGGGAGAGCAUAGGCACGCUACUGCCGCGGUCGGCGCGCCGCAAAUCCAGACGACACACCGCCGCAACCACGCCGCAGCACGACGAUGAAGAAGACCGUGUGUGGCCGCCAUUGACACCAGAAGACCAAAAACCCCACAGCACAGACCUGCUCAUAUCCCGCAUCGGCAGAGCCCUCUGCCCGCACCUCCAGCGUCGAAGCCCAAAGCAGAAGCAGAAGCAGAAGCAAAAGCCAAAAGCAAAGCCAAAAGCAAAGCCAAAGCCAAAGCAAAAGUCAAAGCCAAAGCCAAAGCCUAAGCCAAACUCCCUUCCCAUCGACGACGUCCCGAGACUCCGUUUCGACGACUGCCACCACGAGGUCCACAUAUCCGGCGGCGGUGGCGGCGGCAGUGCCCGCGGCGCACUAUCAACACAGCUGCCGGCCCAAAUACCAGCGACACGCCCGACCCCGCAGCUUCAACCCGCGGCCCGCCAACGACGCACCAGCCUGUUGGCGCGGGCCAGGACGUCGUGCCUGGAGAAGCUGGACGACGCGCGGCUCGCGCGGCGGUGCUGCUGCAUGCGGGUCGCCGGGCGGCUGGGGUGCAGGGGCGGCGGCAUGUCGCGGCUGAGGGCCUCGACGACGUCGUGCUGCUCCACCACGCCCUGGAGCAGCUCCACAAACGUGGGCGUGUCCGAGGCCGUCCGCAGCGGCGGCGGCGGCGGGUGGGCGCUGGAGAUAUACUUUGCCAUGGAGUUCGAGGUCCAGUCCGAACCUCGACCUGAUCCCACCUCCCAGGCGCAGGCUUCCAGUCGGCUGCCGGGCAUGAGCUCGGUGGGGUGCAGGGCGGCUCCGUGA